AAAGAGAGGCAAAGAGAGGCAGGCCAACCAACAAGCCACUCGUAAGAGACUAAUAUACAAUGCCGUAUCUGGCAUCGCUGCAUCUGUAGAGAAUAAAGUGAUUCUUCUGCAGUUGGGUAUAUCGCUCAGAUUGCUCUCUCUCUCUCUCUCUCCCUCUCUUUCUCUCCCCCCUCUCUCUUGGAAAUCUGAAUUAAGAAUCGUGAGAGGCAGUCGAGGGCUUUUGGGCAGAGGGUCAGUGAACGGGGAGAAAGGGCUCCCUGUUGCUUGGGGAAGGACUGUGAUCCUGAACCAUUUGGCUGGACGUAAAACGAGACCCCGGGGUCGGCGGCGUUUCUACAUGCAUCGCGGAGGAACGGGUGAUUGAGUUCUCGGGGUCGUCCUCCCCAUUUAAGCAAUAGGCGAAAUACAAGGUGCUGAAGGGAAAAUCGGAACCGACGGAGACGUUCUGAGCCGGCUGCGUGAACUGACUGAGGCAAUCGGCGUCGAGAGGAGGAUCGGAGGCGCCGCGAUGACUCUGGUGUUGCCCCUGAGCAGCUUCUGCGAGCCCAUUGUUUCUUCCGAAGGAGCCGGCGAGUUCCAGCCGCUGUGGGAAGCGCGCUGUUGCAGCAAGAGCAGCCCCGCCUUGGAUUCCGCCGCCGCCGGCAGCAGCAACAGCAACAGCGGCGGCAGCAGCAGCAGCAGCACCGCCCAGGGGCAGGCGCAACAGCAGCCGCCGCCGCAGGGCAGCGACGGCCGGACACCCGUUGGGCAGCCUCCUCCCUCAGCACUACACCAGAGAGGAAAUCCAAACCCUGGAGCAUCAUCUAAGAUCACAUAUGUUAAAAGAAAGUAUGUGGAAGAAGAAGAUUUUCAUCCACCACUGAGUAACUGUACACCCAAAACAAUCUCUGUAUUUGAGGAGCGGGCACAUAUUCUUUACAUGUCUUUGGAAAAACUGAAGUACAUUGAUGACCCUGAAGUCUACCUAAGGAGAUCUGUUCUCAUAAAUAAUUUAAUGAAAAGAAUUCAUGGAGAGAUUAUUAUGCAAAACAACUGGUGCUUUCCUACUUGCUCUUUUGGAGGUACUUCAAGUCAAGAAUGGUUCAUGUCUCAUGACUGUCCUUAUAGGAAGCGUCUUCGGAUGGCACGGGAGGACUGUGAAAAGAUCCACACAUGCUGCUUUUAUCAAGAAUGUGGCAGCCAUUAUUUAAGUUUGCCAUUAUCUACUAAUUCUGCAGUGGGGAAUUCCACUGCUUCUGUAUCUUUACCAAGUUGUUCCCAACAAGUGGAAUAUGGUAGCAACAGUUCCCCUGUUUACAGGAGUGAUGAACAUAUACAUGCCAAUGAAAUUUUCAUUACAAAUGCUGGGCCACAUGAUAAUCAGGACAAGUCAAUAUUCAGUAAUGAGAAAGGAGGCCAUGAUAUAGAUCGAGAACAUGCUUCAGACUGGGAAUCUAUGAAAAGUGAUCAUGUCAUAGAAUGUAAAAACAAAUAUUACAAUUAUUUUGAGAUGGGUCACGAUGACAAGAGCAACAUGAAUGAAUGUUGGAAGAAGUGUUUACGAAAAAGGGAGUGUUUACCAGGUAGCAAAAUUUGUUGCAGUAAAGGAAAUAAAAUAUGAGCCAUCUUCUGAAUAAUUUCAGUUUAGAAGCAAGUACAGUAUUGACAUUAUCAGAAAAAAAAUCAGUUUGGAUCAAUUUUCUUAUGCUUUUAUAGAACUGGUACAAUUGUGUCAUAAGCUUCAUGGAUACUUUCAGUGACUGUGGAGCAGAUUUCAUCAAAGUGUAUGUAUGGUCUGCAUCAUGAGCUAUUUAUAAAUACAAGGGAUCCUUACAAAAAGCACAGUCGCAUUGUAUACUUCCAUUGCUAGAAGAACCAAUAAACCAGAUGAGAAAAUACAAUUCCUUUCAUGUAUCCCUUUGGGAAACUAGCAGGAAUUAAGAGGAAUCUUCUUUAUGCUUAUCAAUUAAUUAUACAUUUGAUAAGCAAAUUGUUACCAGCGAAAGGAAGAAUACAUUUUACCUAUCAAAAUGUCUGUGAGACUGCAUAGAAAUGAAAUGGAAUAGGCCCACUUUAUGGUCCAGAAGUGACAUUAUUCUAAUGUAUUUAAGUCUGGUUUUAUUGAUAGGGUACAAUAACACCUUUUUAUGGAGACUCAAUUUGAAAUGCUACACACAGUUCCAGCACAUGCACAGUUUUCAGCUAAGCUGCAAGAAUGAACAAGCCUUAUAGUGGUUUAUUGCUAUAAAGGCAGAGAUUUUUUGGUGCCUUACUUUUAAUCUUAAUUUUUCCAGGGUGAAAAUUAAGUUUAAGAAAACUGCUACAGCAGGGAUGUAACCUACACAGGAAAAAAAUAAUAACAGGGUGGAUCAAAUAUUAUUAGAAUUCUGUCUCCUUUGAAAUACAAAGCUUGAUUUCCUAUUCAAUUGCCGCUAUUCAUUCUUUUUGCUCAGUCGCUUUUUGAUUUGCCAUUUUAAGGAAAGGAUUGAAGGAAAAAAACAAUAGAGAUGUGUCUCUUGUAAACAAGCAUUAGCUCUUUGAAUAUUUCUAUGGCAACUGUCUGUUGCUUUGAUAUUUUUUUUCCUUUUUCUUUCUAGUAUAAUGAAGUUCAUGAACCAGUGGCAUGCUUUAUAUUUUACUCUGUUUCACGUCAUUUUCUCUUUUCAUAAAAAUGUAAAGAGCAUGUACUGGAUUUUCAUAUAAUUGUAGGGUUUUUUUAUUUUGGAAAAAAGCACAAUGUUAAUAAAUGAUGUGGUGAUAUAAGAUUUUUAUCUGAAAUGAAUGUAAGAGUUUCAAUCUUUUUUUUAAAGAUUAUCUUGGAGAAAGAGGGGGAUAAUCUUCAAUUAUUAGGAUUAUAUUUGGAUCAUCUCUGGAAUUAUUCAUUUUAAAAUGUUCUGUCUAAAAUUCAAGAUCAUUAAUUCCAGGUAAAGCACACAAUGAAUUUUGUUCUAUUUAAAUAUCAUUUCUAUAGCUGAAGGAAUCAAUAAAUGGGAAUAAUCAUUAUUACAUCACA